CCAGUCGCUUCGGGCGGAGUUUUGAGUGGGCCGCUUCUCUUCCUCCUCCUCCCGCCGCCAUGGCGUCUUCUCUGGCCGAUGUGAGCUGGAAAAUGCUGGAGCUGAGGGCCCGCUCCAAGCGCUCAGUAGUUUAGCCUGGCAACGUUUGUGAUUAGCUGCAACAGCUUGAAAUGGCCACUUCAAAUACUGACAGAGGCACCACGUCUCGUGUGUUCUUGUGGUCGGGCUCUGUAUACGAGCCCAUGAAAAGCAUUAAUCUGCUAAAACCAGAUGCGGAGAAUCUGUGGGAUAAAUUGGAUCGUUACUAUUGUAUAGUCAAGGCAACUGUGUUAGUUUUCCAAAGUCCGACCACUGGUCUUUUCCCCACAAAAACCUGCAGUGACAAUCCGAGAGCAAAGAUUCAUGACAGUCUUUAUUGUGCUGCGUGCGUCUGGGCCCUGGCCCUGGCCUACAGGCGUAUUGAUGACGACAAGGGACGAACCCACGAACUGGAGCAUUCUGCUAUAAAAUGCAUGCGAGGAAUUCUCUUCUGCUACAUGCGUCAGGCUGAUAAGGUUCAACAAUAUAAGCAAGAUCCUAAGCCUUCCAAAUGCCUGCAUUCUGUGUUCAACAUCCACACAGGUGAUGAGGUCUUUUCUCAUGAGGAAUAUGGUCAUCUACAGAUAAAUGCUGUAUCCCUCUUCCUACUCUACCUGGUGGAGAUGAUUUCAUCUGGCCUGCAGAUCAUCUACAACACGGAUGAGGUCUCUUUCAUACAAAACCUCGUUUUUUGCGUAGAAAGAGCAUACCGGGUUCCAGAUUUUGGCAUGUGGGAAAGAGGAAGCAAAUAUAACAACGGCAGCACCGAAUUGCAUUCAAGUUCUGUCGGGUUGGCAAAAGCUGCUCUAGAAGCAAUUAAUGGAUUCAACCUCUUCGGCAAUCAGGGUUGCUCGUGGUCUGUCAUCUUAGUGGAUCUUGACGCUCAUAACCGGAACAGGCAAACCCUUUGCUCAUUGCUCCCUCGCGAAUCACGAUCUCACAACACUGAUGCUGCCCUCUUACCUUGCAUCAGCUAUCCUGCAUUUGCUGUGGACGAUGAAGCUUUGUAUAGUCAAACAAUUGACAAGAUAGUUAGGAAACUCAAAGGAAAAUAUGGAUUUAAGCGUUUUCUGAGAGAUGGCUAUAGAACCGCGUUGGAGGACAAAAACCGACAGUACUAUAAACCAGCAGAAAUUAAGCUCUUUGAUGGCAUUGAAUGCGAAUUUCCUCUCUUUUUUAUUUUUAUGAUGAUUGAUGGGCUCUUCCGGGGUCUCCCUGAGCAAGUCAAAGAGUACCAGGACCUUCUGGAUCCUAUACUGCAACAAUCAGCUGAAGGCUAUCCGGUUGUACCUAAAUAUUACCACGUGCCAGCUGAUUUUGUUGAACUGGAAAAGAAAAACCCUGGCAGCCAGAAAAGGUUUCCUAGCAACCACGGGCGAGAUGGCAAGUUUUUUCUGUUGGGACAGUCCCUCUAUAUUAUUGCCAAACUUCUCGUUGAUGGUUUAGUAAGCAUUAAAGAUAUCGACCCGGUCAAGCGCUUCAUUCCUCCUCAAGAUCAGCGGAACAUUAGCAUGCGAUACUCAAAUCAGGGUCCCUUGGAAAAUGACCUCGUGGUCCAUGUUGCCUUGAUUGCUGAAAGCCAGCGCUUGCAGGUGUUUCUGAACACAUAUGGCAUCCAAACACAAACACCACAACAAGUUGAACCCAUCCAAAUUUGGCCUCAACAGGAGCUUGUGAAGGCUUAUUUCCAUCUGGGCAUCAACGGAAAAUUGGGCCUCUCAGGAAGACCCGAUCGGCCAAUUGGUUGUCUUGGAACAUCAAAGAUUUAUCGAAUAUUGGGGAAAACGGUGGUUUGCUACCCAAUCAUCUUUGACUUGAGUGAUUUCUACAUGUCGCAGGAUGUUAUGAUGUUGAUUGAUGAUAUUAAGAAUGCCUUGCAGUUCAUUAAACAAUACUGGAAAAUGCAUGGCCGUCCUUUAUUUCUUGUGCUCAUCCGAGAGGACAAUAUAAGGGGAAGUAGAUUCAAUCCCAUACUAGACAUGCUUGCCUCCUUUAAGAAAGGUGUGGUUGGUGGAGUGAAGGUUCGUGUUGAUCGGCUGCAGACAUUAAUCUCUGGAGCAGUGGUUGAACAAUUGGAUUUCUUAAGAAUUGGUGACACAGAGGAGCCUCCGGAAUUUAAGAGUUUUGAAGAACUGGAGCUUCCAAAGCAUUCAAAAGUCAAGAGGCAAACCAGCACGCCAAACGCAACGGAGUUGGAACAGCAGCCAGAUAUUAAUCAUAACGACUGGAAAAACAAGCCAAUUCAUGAGAUUCUUCAGAAACUGAAUGACUGCAGCUGCGUGGCAACCCAGAUCAUUCUGCUGAGCAUUUUGCUCAAAAGGGAAGGCCCCAAUUUUAUCACCAAGGAAGGUACUGUCUCUGAUCAUAUCGAAAGAAUCUACCGAAAAGCUGGCAGCAAAAAGUUCUGGUCUGUUGUGCGCUUCGCAGCAAGCCUUUUAUGUAAGCUAGUGGACAGCCUUGCCCCAUCUAUUACUAAUGUUUUAGUUCAGGGCAAGCAGGUGACACUUGGGGCAUUUGGCCAAGAGGAAGAAAUUAUAUCUAAUCCCUUGUCUCCGGGCGCAAUUAAAGACAUCAUCUACAACAAGUGCAAUUUGCAGGACGAGAGGGAAGCUGUUCUUCAACAAGAACUUGUCAUUCAUAUCGGCUGGAUCAUCUCCAACUCCCCCGAGUUAUUUAACGGCAUGCUAAAGAUACGUGUGGGAUGGAUUGUGCACGCGAUGAAAUACGAACUGAAAAUCCGAGCAGGGGAGAUGCCCCCCGUGGAUUUAUACCAGUUGUCACCCAGCGAAGUGAAGCAGCUUCUUCUGGAUAUCCUUCAUCCACAGCAGCAAGGGAGAUGCUGGUUGAACCGGCGUCAGAUCGACGGCUCCCUGAACCGAACACCGAGUGGAUUCUAUGACAGGGUCUGGCAAAUUUUGGAGAGGACGCCCAACGGGUUAAUAGUAGCUGGGAAUUUCUUGCCACAGCAACCGACUUUGUCUGACAUGACAAUGUAUGAAAUGAACUUUUCUCUCCUGGUUGAGGACAUGUUGAGAAGCAUAGAUCGACCAGAGUUCAGGCAAAUCAUUGUAGAGUUGUUGAUGGUUGUUUCUGUGAUUCUGGAAAGGAAUCCCGAAUUAGAGUUUCAGGAUAAAGUCGACUUGGACAAACUGGUGAAAGAAUCGUUUAACCAGUUCCAGAAAGAUCAGAAUCAAUUCAAAGGCACUGAAAAACAAGACGACAUGACUUCCUUUUACAACACCCCACCACUGGGAAAAAGGGGGACGUGCAGCUAUUUGACAAAAGCUGUGAUGAAUUUAUUGCUGGAAGGCGAAGUGAAGCCUACUGCGGAAGACCCUUGUUCCAUUAGCUAAAGUAGCUGGCGCAGAAGAUGGUGGGAGCCAGGUGAAUGCCAUGAGUUCCUAGCUCUUGGCACGUGAAGCUUCAUUUCUCAUCAUUGUUUGGACACUGUGAUGCAUAGUCAUUAGGAAGAGCUCCAUUGCUUAGAGCAACAAUCUGUCCAGUUGGUUUCAUGUAACAAAAAAAGCAUAUUUAAUUAAGGGACAUAUUCCCCUUACAGCUCCUAGGUGGCAGUCAGUGAUAUCCAUCUUGCCAUCAUGGCUAUUUGUUGGCUAAGUAAAUGCCUGAUACUCUCCAUAUGUGUGCUGCUUGAGAAUGACAGCUAUUUAGAAGCAAUAACGAAGCUCCCGUCUAGAGUUUAAGCCUCGCUUAAGGUGAAUUGCAGCUUUAUAUUUAUUCAUCCAAUCAUGAAUUAAUGUAACCUUAAUCAUCCCUCCCCCCCACACACACUUACUUCCUUUGUCCUGGUGUUAGUUACUGACAAGCUUCCUUACGGAAAUUGAAUACGGUAAAGACGUCAGUUU